AUGGCAAAAAGACGUGUUAAGAAGCGGACCCAUGUCCCUCCGGGGAAGGCUCAAGCUCCGAGUACUAAGAAUGGAGCUGCUUCAAUGAACAGGUCCCCCAAGAGCAUGGUAAUUCGAAUUGGCGCAGGGCAAAUUGGUUCUAGUAUGAGUCAAUUGGCAAAGGAUGUCCGAUCAAUGAUGGAGCCAGACACCGCAAGCCGUUUGAAGGAGCGAACGAAAAACAAACUAAAAGAUUACACCGUUAUGACCGGCCCUCUAGGAGUUACUCAUUUACUAUUAUUUUCUAAAUCAAGCAAUGGAAAUUCAAAUCUUCGGAUUGCUCUCACACCCCGCGGCCCCACGCUAAAUUUCAGGAUUGAGAAUUACUCUCUGUGCAAAGAUGUUAUAAAGGCAUUGAAGCGUCCGAGAGGCUUGGGAAAGAGCCACACAACUCCUCCGCUCUUGGUUAUGAACAAUUUUAUGUCUUCAAAAGAGGGGGAAGCCUCGGAAAAGAUUCCAAAGCAUUUAGAGUCCCUGGUCACCACAGUUUUCCAGUCCCUCUUCCCUCCAAUUUCGCCUCAAACAACACCCCUUGCCUCAAUUCGUCGUAUCAUGUUGCUCGACAGAGACUUAUCAUCAAAGACAGGAGAAGACGAAUCUUUUACGGUGAAUCUACGACAUUAUGCGAUCACAACAAAACGAAUCGACUUAUCAAAGAGAAUAAGACGACUUAACCCGAAGGAAUUUCGCGGUAAAGAGAAGGACAAAACCGUUCCAAACCUGGGCAAAUUGAAUGAUGUUGCAGAUUAUUUGCUGAGUGCCGGUGGUGAUGCUGGUUUUACGUCCGCAAGCGAGACAGAAAUUGAAACAGAUGCGGAGGUAGAGGUAUUAGAAUCCGCGACUAGAAAAGUGUUGAACAAAAAGGAGCUUCAGCGAGCCAAAGAAGCUGGGUCCAAAUCAGCUCGCGGCUCCGGAUCAAAUGUUGAGAAAAGAGCAGUGAAGUUAGUUGAACUCGGACCUCGCAUGAAAUUGAAGCUGAUGAAGGUGGAGGAGGGACUCUGCGGUGGAAGAGUUAUGUGGCAUGAUUAUGUGACCAAGUCCAAGGAAGAGGCCCAGAAACUGGAUGCAUCUUGGGAGAAGAAACGCAAAGAAAAGGAGCUCAGGAGGAAGAUACAGAAGGAAAAUGUUGAAAGAAAGAAAGCCCUGAAGGCAAAGGCACCGCGCGAGGGCGAAGAUAAUGAAGAUGAUUCUGAUGAAGUUGAUGAAGAUAAUUGGGACAGCGAUGAUUUCAUCCACGAGGAAGAGGAUGAGGACGAGGAGAUGGGUGAAGCAGAGGAAGAGGAAGCUUAA